AUGGUCAGCACCACAGGAGACUAUAGGCGGGUUCACUCAGGCGUUCAUGCAUGGGCAAAGGCCUCAUGGGUCUCCAACUAUGACCAUGUCUAUGCCAGUAACACAACUUUCUUGGAGAGGUCAACAUCUACGACCACCCCUAGCCAUCCUAUUCAACACAUAAAAAGCCGAGACGACGCCUGCUCUUAUGUUACCGUCGCUUCCGGAGAUUCUUGCGCUUCGUUGGCUUCGAAGUGUGGCAUUACGGCAGCCGAGCUAACGGACUAUAAUCCUAGUUCAAGUCUCUGUUCAACAUUAACCCCUGGUGAAGUUAUCUGUUGCUCUGAUGGUCUUAAACCUGACUUGUCUUCUCAGCCUCCUUCAGACGGUUUGUGCUAUAGUUAUACGGUGGUCAGUGGAGAUAAUUGUGCUCUGCUUGCUAGUAAAUACUAUAUAAUCAUGGAUGAAAUCGAAGACUAUGACACGCAAACCUGGGGAUGGAUGGGCUUGAAUGGUAUGAUCCGUCCCAGCAACUGGUCCGAUAUCAGCAGCUUGAAUCCAUGUCCUUUGAAUGUAUGUUGUGAUACAUGGGGCCUGUGUGGUAUUACUCCGGAAUUUUGUUUGGUGUCUGAGUUGAUAACAGGGGCACCUGGCACUGCGGUGAAUAAUAUUAAUGGCUGUAUUUCUAACUGCGGCACCGCGAUUCUAAACAAUGAUACUGUGGUGAAUAAUGAGCUUAAGGUGGGGUAUUUCGAGGCAUACGGUGUUAAUUGCUUGUGCCUUGCUAUGAACGUGAGUCAGUUCCCGUCCGCGUAUCCCAAUGUUUAUUAUGUAUUUGGGGAAAUCACAAGCGAUUUUAAUGUUGAUAUAUCCGGUUCUGAAGGCCAGUUUAUAGUGUUUGCUGUACUGCGGUUAUUCAAGUGUGUGGACUUUGACUGGGACUAUUCUGAUGCUCCAGAAAUCCCGGGAGUUCCUUCCGGAAGUUCUACAGAUGGGUUAAACUACCUCAGCUUUCUGCAGACACUCCGGGGUCUGCUUUUAUUGAACAAGACUAUCUUUAUGGCAGCAUCCGCUUUAUAUUGGUAUCUCAGAGGAUUCCCCAUUGCGAAUAUGUCGGAGGUGUUGGAUUAUAAUGUCUAUAUGACAUAUGACUUGUAUGGACAGUGGGAUUACAACAACUCUUAUGUGAACCCGGGAUGUCCGACAGCAAAUUACCUUCGCUCUCACGUCAACUUAACGGAAGCCGAAUACGCACUUGCUAUGAUUUCCAAGGCUGGUGUUCCUGCCCAUAAGGUGGCGGACGGUAUUACAAGCUAUGGCCGCAGCUUUGGCAUGGUUGAACCCAGCUGCACAGGGCCUGAGUGUCUCUUUACGGGACCCGACUCCACAGCCUCUCUUGGAGAAUGCACUGUGGCUGCCGGUUAUAUCUCUCAAGCCGAAUUGGAACGGCUGAGCGACAACUCAUGGGUGGCCUACAUAACACAAGACACGAAGGCGUCUCGCAUAGACCGAUACUCUAGCUAUGGUUUGGGUGGCGUAGUAGAGUGGGCAUCGGAUUUGACCAACCUUGUCGAAGGGGUCGAAGAGGCCGAAUCAAACCUCAAAACUACCGCUGCGGAAGAAGAAUUUACGGCCGCACUAUCUCUCAGUAAUUACGACAUCUCCAAUUUCAAUACCUACAACCUCAGUGUGCUCUACACGAAACUUAUCGGCUUUGAUCGAUGCUCUGCUGACCAACGUACCCAAAUUUACUCCGGGUGGCAACAAUCAUGGAAGGUAAUGAACUAUAUGUACAAGGUGGCAAAGGAUGGUAUUUCAUUCGGUGAAGCAGAUGCCAUUGACUACCUCGGCCCUUCAUUAAGCAAUGAGAAGUUACAGGGUAACUUCAAGGACAUCUAUCUAAACCUUGCUACCAUCCAGCCUGGCUGGCUCCCAUCAUGGUUGGACUGGAAGAUCGCCAUUCGCUGCGACGAUCCAUAUUAUCAAUGCCCCUGUGGCUCCGACUCUCUGACUAUAGCUUAUGCUGGGCAGAAGGAUGCAAAGUACCAAGUGGCGUAUAUCAACUUCUGCCCCAAGGUAUGGUUGCAUGAGCUCCUCCAUAUUGACUGGGUCGCGAAGGCAGACGAAUAUGGAAGCAACGUUCACGUCAGCGACCUGAAAGUGGGCUACAGGCAGACCAACAGGGUCAUGAAAUGGUUCGGUGUUUAUGGGCCAAACUAUUGUAAAGCAUUGGCUCGUAUUGGUGCUGUGCCGAGUGCAUACACUAUCAUGAACUCUGAUAGCCUCGUUCUGUACGCACUCACCAAGUACGUACACAACAAACUGGGCGCCUUUCCAUAUCGCCCACUGGCACCACCACCUCCACAAUCUGUCGAAAUUCCAAUGGUUUCCCCUAAAAUGCUCACUGUCUACCCCAAUGGCACGGGGGUUGAGGUUCCAAAUACCACCCUCGAUGAUGAAGCGGAAUGGAGCCCGAAUGAAGAGUCGGUCACAACCGCAACAGCUACUCCAACGGCAACCUGGGCCAUACCCAUUUAUGCAGAGGAGAAUUGUGCUGGUGAUCACUACAUCGUAGAAGGUCACAACCAAGACACUACAAGCAACAGGUGUCUCCUUAUAAGUGACCUCAGGUCAACCGACACGACCAGCGCGUCAUGUCGGUGGUACUCAAGCGGCAGCGACACGUACACCUCAUGUGAUGAGAGCUCACUAACCGAGCCCCUUUCAUGGCAACUGUCGGGGACAGGUGCUGAAUGUACCGCGUUCGACAAUGACUCCUGCAAUGAUAAUGCAGAUCAGGAUGCAUAUACUACUUCUGAAGGUUACCACAGUUACAGUGAAAGGGACCUGGACAAGAAGACCUGA